AUAAAUUUCAUUUCAUGUUCUUCUUCUCUCUCUCUCUCUCUCUCUCCCAAACAGUCAAAAAAGGAAAACACUAAUACCUCCCUCUGCCUCUCGCUCUCUCUCGAAUCCAACAACCCUUUUCAGAUAUCAUCCAAUCCCCUCAAUCCAACACAUUCAAGUCCUUCCCUUUUCAAUUCAUCCCCACGUGAAAUACAAAAAUAGUUUUCUCUUUUUCCCGGAAUUCAAUUUCUUCCCCCAUUCAUGCGAUGCUAAGCCGCAUGGGAUCCUCCUCCUCAUUCGAUCAAUCGCUCAGAAAUUCCCCAACCCACUUCUCCUUUUUCCACAAAGUUUGACUCUUUAUUGAGACUGCUUGAAUUUCCUUCGCCAAGGUUUCGGCUUUAGAAAGAUCGACAGGAAGAUGAGGGUUGCAAAGUCUCAGGUGUGGCAACCGUGUAAAAAGAAGAGAUCUUGAUACCCGCUCUAAUCUAACUCAUAUACACGGAGAAAGAAAGAAAGAAAGUAAAAGAAGUUAUAGUCGGAGCAAGAAGAAAAAGAAGAUGACGUCACGUAGCGGCGGCAGCAGCAGCCGUGCUGGUGGCGGGACGAAGGUGGGGAAAUACGAGAUGGGUCGGACACUUGGAGAGGGAAACUUCGCAAAGGUGAAGUUCGCCAGGAACUUGGAGACAGGGGAGAACGUGGCCAUCAAGAUCCUUGACAAAGAGAAAGUUCUCAAGCACAAGAUGAUAAACCAGAUAAAACGAGAAAUAUCCACAAUGAAACUGGUUAGACACCCCAAUAUCAUACGUUUGCAUGAGGUGAUGGCCAGCAAGACAAAGAUAUACAUUGUGUUGGAACUUGUGACCGGCGGGGAACUGUUUGAUAAAAUUGCAAGCCAAGGGAGGCUGAAAGAAGACGAAGCAAGGAAAUAUUUUCAGCAGCUUAUAUGUGCUGUCGAUUACUGUCACAGUAGAGGUGUUUGCCACAGAGACUUGAAGCCUGAGAAUUUGUUGCUGAGUGCUGAUGGAGCGCUUAAAGUGUCGGAUUUUGGAUUGAGUGCACUGCCGCAACAAGUUCGAGAAGAUGGGCUGCUUCACACAACAUGUGGUACGCCAAAUUAUGUUGCCCCAGAGGUGAUAAAAAAUAAAGGCUAUGAUGGUGCAAAGGCUGAUCUCUGGUCAUGUGGUGUUAUUCUCUUUGUUUUAAUGGCUGGUUAUUUGCCCUUUGAAGACAACAACCUUAUGAAUUUAUAUAAAAAGAUUUUCAAUGCCCAGUACGAUUGUCCUCCAUGGUUUUCUUCAAGUGCCAAAAAACUAAUCAAGAAAAUCCUCGAUCCCAAUCCUUCUACGCGGAUUACAAUUCCUGAGUUAAUUGAGAACGAGUGGUUCAAGAAGGGGUACAAGCCUCCUCGAUUUGAGCAGGAAGAUGUCAGUCUUGAUGAUAUAAAUGCUAUAUUCAGUGAAGCAAUGGAUGCACACAAUCUUGUUGUGGAAAGGCGAGAAGAGGAGUCAGUGGCUCCUGUGACUAUGAAUGCAUUUGAGCUUAUCUCUACAUCCCAGGGACUCAACCUCAGAAAUCUUUUCCAGAAGCAGAUGGGACUUGUUAAAAGGGAGACAAGAUUCACAUCCAAAUGUUCGGCAAAUGAGAUAAUCUCAAAAAUUGAGCAGGCUGCAGGUCCUCUGGGUUUUGAUGUUAAGAAGAACAACACUAAGUUGAAGAUUCAAGGGGAAAAAAGUGGACGAAAAGGUCAUUUAGCAGUAGCAACUGAGAUCUUGGAGGUGGCCCCUCAACUUAACAUGGUUGAGCUUCGAAAAUGUGGAGGAGACACAUUGGAAUUUCAUAAGUUCUAUAAGAAUCUAUCUGUUGGCCUGAAAGACAUCAUUUGGAAAGCAGAACCUAUUGAUGAAGAUUUGGAUGAUACAGGUUCAGGAAAAGGUGCAGCUAGUAAUUCUAAAUAUUCUGCUGGCGCAUCGUCUGCAGCUGUUCCAAUGAAUGUUGGCAGCAUAGAUGGGUCAAGUCAUGGACAAGGCUCUAAAGCUGCUUCUCUCUCAUGUGUUGGCUCUCAACAACCAUGGACUUCCCUGAGCACAAGUGCUGUUGGCUCUGGUUCUUCAAGAGCUUCAUGUAGACCCUGGGAGAGAGGGGAUCUAUUGAGGCGAUUGGCUACAUUUGUCCCUUCAAAUUGGCUUGGAAAGCCUCAGAUCAUCAAUUCAUUGGCUUGUGCUCAGAAAGGUUGGAUGAGUGUUGGUGUAGACAAAGUUUCCUGUGAGUCAUGUGGUGCUUGCCUGAAUUUUACAUCAUCAUCAUCUUGGACAUCAGCUGAAGCUCAAAGUGCCAGCGAAUCCUUUGCCAGGCAACUGGAUUUUGGGCACAAAGUGAAUUGUGCCUGGAGAGGAAACAGCUGUCCAGAAAGCCUAGUACAGUUCCCUCCAACACCCCAAUCUGCAUUAAUUGGUGGCUACAAGGAUAGAUGUGAUGGACUUGUACAGUUUACCUGUCUCCCUGUUGUAGCAAUCUCUGCAAUUGAUUUGAUGUGUGUUACUCGAGGUCCACAGAUUGAGCGAUUUUUGUCCCAGCUUCAGAAUUUUGUGUCAGGAGAAGCAAACUUUAAACAGGAGAUUAUAUCAGAGCUUGAAAACUCUCAUGAGGAGGCACACUGCUUAUUUUCUCGUUCUCAGAAGCUUAUAAGCCUUUGUGGUUGGGAACCCCGGUGGCUUUUAAAUGUCCAGGAUUGUGAAGAGCACUCUGCUCAAUCCGAAAGGAAUGGACAUUCUUUUGGCAAGAAUCAACUUCAUCGUACUCAAGAUCCAGGGCUGAAAGCAGUUUCUGCUUGUGCUAAAAGGGACGCCAGAAAGGGAAAGGCUUCUCUUAAGGAGUCUAGAUUUGACUGUAGGUCCCCGUUGCUUGACUGUAGCUUAUGUGGUGCUACGGUUAGAAUUUUAGAUUUCUUGACUGUUCCUCGUCCUGCUCGUUUUGCACCGAAUGCCAACAGCAUAGAUAUUCCUGAUACCAGCAAAAAGAUAGGAUUGACUCGUGGAGUGAGUGCAGCUAGUGGAAUAAGCGGUUGGGUUGCAGCUGAUGAUGCCGAGAAAGAUCAGGUCGAAGACCGUGAUGAAGUUGCAACAACAAAUGAGGGUAAACUGUUGGCAAACUCUGAUUUGGAUUUGAAUCUUACCAUGGCUGGAGGGUUUUCUUUUACUCCUUUUGGAAGGACAGCAACAUCUGAAAAUACUCAUGAUGAAGAUAUGGGAAGGGAUUUGAUGAUUGGCCAGCCUUCAGGCAGUGAGAUUGGUGACCGCGCAGCUUCAUAUGAAUCACGAGGGCCAAGCUCUCGUAAGAGAAAUCUUGAAAAAGGGGGAAGCUCAGAUGACAGGCCAGUUCCCAGGUUGCAGCAGCAGGCUGAUAGUGUUGAAGGAACUGUGAUUGAUCGUGAUGGUGAUGAAGUCACAGAUGGUGGACAAUAUUCAGCUGGUCCCUCAAAACGUGCCCGUGACUCUGAUAUUUUUGACACACAUUCUUCACCACAUCAAAGAGACUCAUCUGGUGCUGGUCCUAGUCAUUCGAUGGGUUUUGAUGCUUAUGCUUCUGGUACUCGAGUUUCUUCAUUGCAUCAAGGUAAUGACCGCAUAAUCGGAAUCCAAUCAGCUAGAGACUCAACCCGUGCAUCUUCUGUCAUUGCAAUGGAUACAGUAUGUCAUAGUGUAAAUGAUGAUUCUAUGGAAAGUGUUGAAAAUUAUCCUGGAGACCUUGAUGAUGCCCACUUCCCCUCCUCUAGCACCCAUGGCAAUGUGGACAUGAAUGAAACAUCAGAACUGAAUAAUAGCAAUCUAGCUCAACAGAGUACUUGUUUUCAAACAGCAACUGAAGCUGUCCCUGGUGAAGUGGGUGUCAGUAGUACAAACUAUGGGGAAGAACUUUUCAAUGCAGAAACUGUGACUGCUCCAGCACGAGAUGGAAUCAGUUUUGGAAUGAGUGGAGGCAGUGUUGGAAUGUGUGCUAGUCAUGAAGCUGAAAUCCACGGAGCAGAUAUAUCUGUGCACAGAGCUGAUAGUGUUGUUGGCGAAAUGGAGCAUAGAGUAGAAGAUGCUGAAAAUCAGGGACAAACUGAUGAAUCUGUUCCUGAUCCAGGUCUAAUGGAUGAGAUUGUCCCUGAUGAUAUUAACAGGGAAGGUCCUGUUGGAGAUAGCCAGGAGAUGAUGUCUCACUCUGCAGGAAGGGCAGACAGUGGAUCGAAAAUUGGUUGUUCUACAAAGGCAGAAUCUGUUGAAAGUGGUGAAAAGAUUAGUCAAAACCGCAAUCUACCACCUGCUACCAGUAGUCAUCCAUCUCAUUCUUGCAAUGCUAAUAUAUAUUCUGCUUGUGAAAAUACCAAGGAAGAGAUCAUUAAGGAUAGUAAAUCAUCGUUCACCAACAAAAGUGGCCUCGAACCAGAUUUUGCUUUAGCAAAUGGGAUAGGGCCUCCAAAAGGAGAAAGUAAUUAUGAAGGUGGUGUAGAAUUUGAUCCUAUUGCCCAUCACAACCAAUAUUGCCCUUGGGUGAAUGGCAAUGUUGCUGCUGCUGGCUGUGCUAAUUCUGUUCCAAGCACUAGCAGUGAUGCAAUUGCACUCUGCGGUUGGCAGCUGACGUUAGAUGCUUUGGAUGCUUUGCGGUCUCUUGGGCACAAUGCAAUUCCAACUGUACAAUCUGAGUCUGCUGCAUCCCUUUACAAGCAGAAUGAUCAGCAAGCACCUUCUCAAAAGCUCCUUCGCAACCAAUCUAUGAGCAGAAGUCAUGGUCAACUCUGAGAUUGGUGUGCUUUUUGCUUAUUUCCAUUUGCUUGAUGUCAAGGCAUGCUACUCUAGGUAUAUUUCAAAGUCUCUGGGUAGAGAUUUACGAGGGUCUAGCAGACUUUUUUGCUUUUUUGUUCUCUUUUGCUGUUUCUGUGCAAAUAAUCGUAUACAGAUAAAUAGAUAAUCAGUUGUUCAGCAGAACUUAUAGAUCUCGUGCAUUAAUCUGCUUGGUCAAUUAAUUAUGUAGAAGACUAAAGCUUUUAUGGAACAACUUCAGUUUGCUUCGAGAUUCCUAGUUAGAGGCAUUUAAGUGUAAAUACUGUGAUGAUGUAUUUGCUUUUUAUAAUAGUUUUCUGUUAUUUGUUCCUUUUA